AUGAGUAAAGUGAUUGAAAAUUAUGUUCUUCAAGAUGUAAUAGGAAGUGGUCAAUAUGGUAAAGUUUAUAGGGCUAAAAAUAUGAAAAAUGAUCAAAUUGUUGCAAUCAAAGUAGUCAAAUUGGAAAAGUUUAGAGAGGUACCUAAAUUACAUGAAUUUACAAUUAAUGAGAUACAAACUCUAUCAAAAAUAGAUAAUCAAAAUAUAGUUAAAUUUAUAGAAAUGCUUAAAACAUAAAACAAUAUGUAUUUGAUUUAUGAUUUUUGUAAUGGUGAUACAUUAGAAGCAUUAUUGUAAAAGAGAAAAUUUCUAACAGAACCAGAAACAAUGAAAAUAUUUGCUUAAAUUCUAAAUGCAUUCAGGUAAUUUAGUUAAAUUAUAUAUUAUUAGAUCUUUGGUACGUGAAAAUAUACUUCAUAGAGAUUUAAAGCCAUCAAACAUUCUUUUCCAUGAUUAAAUUGUUAAAGUAGCAGAUUUUGGCUUUUGCAAAAGUUUACUUCAUAAUAAUGAUCUAACCUAAACUAUGGUAGGUUCACCAAUCUAUAUGGCUCCAGAAGUAUUAAAAGGAUGUUCUUAUAAUUGUAAAGCUGAUGUUUGGUCUUUGGGAGUUGUACUUUAUGAAUGUUUAUUUGGAUUUUGUCCAUAUGAAGAUAAAUCAAUUGCUAGAUUAAUAAUGUAAAUUGAUAACAAAGAAAUUUCAUUCCCAAAACAUGUAAAUCAAUUAUCAAGAAAAUGUGAAGAACUUAUACGUUCUAUGUUAUAAGUUGAUCCUCGUAAAAGAGUAGACUGGCAAUAAUUAAUGCAAAUCACAUUUUAUGAAGAACCUAAUGUAGCCAAAUAAAUUACUUGUAGUGCUAAUACUAAUCCAAUAUAGAAUUUACCUUAAAUGCUUAAAAAAUAGGCUUCUACAAAUUAAGUUUUAUAAGAUAGAACCAAUAUAACCAAUAAUUAGCCUUAGUAAUAAUAAUAAUAAUAAGACUUUUAAAAUUUAAGGGUACUUUUAAGGGAAAGAAGUAAAAUUAUAUUUUUAGCCUAAAUGGUAUCUUUUCUAUUAGAAUAAAAUACAGUUUCUGCUGUUCAACUUCAUGGUAGCUUGUCUUUUUCGUAAAAAACUGCUAUUAUUGCUUACUUUCUUAUGAAAUUAGCAUAAAACCAAACUGAAGUAAUAAAAAAACAAUUAGAAUAAGAUCACAGAAGAGAAAGCAGAUGGGAUGAAUUUUAAGGUAGCAAUGAAUAUAAAUAAUUUAAUUCUACAUUUCAAAGAGAAAGUGAUUAAUUAUUAAUGAAUAUUGAAUCAUUUAAAAAUGAAGCAUAAAAAGUCAUUAGACAUAUGCAACAAAAUGAUUUAACUACUUAAAUUAGAAAUGAAUUAAUGUCUCCAUAAUUUACAAAUUUGAAAUUAUAUACUUCUUUAUUAAUUAGUUAUAUUGAAGAAAGUAGAGAAAGAUAAGUAAAUUUAACUGAAGACUUAUAAUAAAAACUAUUAAUUGGUCUUAUUGAUUUAUUAGAGACUAGUUAAAUAAAUGAAUUUUUCGAUAAAAAUUUAAGUGAUAUCAAUAUUAGAUUUAAUGAUUAAAGAUAUUUUGAAUAAGUAUUUUAAUUUCAUUUAUCAAUUAGAUGAGAAAAAUGCCAAAAGAAACUCUUACAGAUAUCCUUAAUUAAAGAUUAGUUAAUGCAAAGAUUAAGUGUGCUAAAUGA